AUCAAGCAAGAUGCGAAUUACUUCAUUUUUAGUUUUUGCUGCCUUUUUUGUCGUAGUUUUUGCUUAUAGAGAGGAAAUUAAGCAAUGUAGAUAUACCGAUGCUUCGGGAAAGACGUAUAAUUUGAGUCCUUUAAUGAAUGCCAAGCCGUUCAUAUGGAUGCAGACAUUGUACGUGAUUGGCAAUAAUAAAUGGGACAACUUAGCAGCCGACAGCACCAUGAAUGUCACAAUUCAGCUGUCUGUAUGUCGUAAUGAAAAACCAAUGAUUAGCAACAACUGCAGCACCAAUGGAUCAAUAUACACUGUGGACCCCACAAAUGGUUGUAUUACAUGGGGAGACGCCGAAGUCGCAGCUUUUGAUCAAGCACCUUACAAAGACGGAGUAUUUUUACAAAUGUUCCAUGGAAGUGUGAUCGAUCACCCGACAAAAUAUUCUUCAAACGUCUACUUCAUCUGUAAUCCAAAGGUCGGUGUUCCCAAACCUAUCAUGGAGCAUGUAAAAGCUGACACAAACCAGGGUCACUUCCGGGUGGAGACGAAAUAUGCUUGCUAAGAGAACAGUUUAUUCAGAGUUUCAAUAAAAUACAAACAUG